AUGUUUAUUGCAAGUCAAGGUUCAAUCAUACAAGAUCUUUAUAAAAUGACAAAAGAAAUCGAUGCAGAAGUCACCUUUUCGAGUGGAAAUGCAUCAGAAGGAAAACAUGUAAUAUUUCAUAUAAAAAUCAAUAAAAAUAUUACCAAUCCUAAACCAUUUGCUGAUAUUUCUCAUCUUAGUCAAUCCGUAGAUGAAAAAGAAGUUUUAUUUGUGGCUCGAUCAAUAUUUGAAAUAAAAAAUACGACUUUUUCUGAUUCUAUGCAUAUGUGGAUAAUUGACUUAGAAUUGUGUGAUGAUGAUGUUUACGAAUUGAAUCAAGUUUAUCAAUCAGAUAAAGCUUCAGUGUUCGAUCAACAUUCAUCAUUGUCUUUAGCAGCUGUAAUACUUCGAAUGAAUCUAUUUGAUAAAGCUAAGAAAUAUUAUCAACGACUACUUGAUGAAGGUUCAAUAAAUGACAGUUCAUCAACUGAUCGUACCGUUAAUUGUUACUGGGUUUAG